UGGCGCUGGGUAUUGUCUCUCCCCUUUCUCUGUCCGGGAACCCGACCGCCACCCCUGCCGGUUGAGUGCGCUGACUGACAGCUCCUUGCAGCCAGUGGCCAAAGCGCCGUGUGGCGGAGCCCGGCGCCCGUCUCCUCGGUGACCGGGGGAGCUGGUGCCUCAGUAGAGUAGCCGGAGUCCUGGGGGACGGAGAGCUUCAUCAGAUGAAGGAGUGAUACUUCUGAAACUUGACCGAAAAAUGGAUUAAUUAAAAGUUUUCCUAUUUUGGGAAAAAAACCCAAAAUGUAUAGACCAGCAGAAACGGUCAAACGUCGACUCAACAUGCACGCUCCUCCUCGGAUAAGAAGUGUGGAAGUUGCAAGAGGAAGAGCAGGUUAUGGGUUUACCCUUUCUGGACAAGCUCCUUGUGUUCUUAGUUGUGUUAUGAAAGGAAGCCCUGCAGAUUAUGUUGGACUGAAAGCAGGAGAUCAGAUAUUUGCAGUUAAUGAAAUCAAUGUGAAAAAAGCCUCUCAUGAAGAUGUAGUGAAACUGAUAGGGAAAUGUUCUGGAGUCCUGCACAUGGUCAUUGCUGAAGGGAUUAGUCAUAUAGAUUCAUGUUCAAGUGAUGAAGAAGUUGGUUUUUAUGAUGGGAAGGGGUGGCUGAAGCCCAAACCUGACUCUAAAGCUCUGGGUAUAAACAGAGCAGAGAAAGUUGUUGAAGAAAUGCAGUCUGGUGGCAUUUUCAACAUGAUCUUUGAGAAUCCUACUCUCUGUGCUGGUAGCUCAGAUCAUUCUGCACCAAAACAAAGGUCAUUUUCAGAUUCUGCUGCUAUUAAAUUUGAAGCUGGACAUGAAAGUGUAAGCAAUCCAAAUCUACUGUCAAAGGAAGAAAUAGCCAAAGUCCUGAAUGAUGAUUCAGUUUUUAGAAUUGGACUGGAGGGCGCAGAAGACUUUGGAUUAGAUGCAAGCAUUUUAAACGUUGCCAUGAUUGUAGGUUACCUGGGCUCAAUUGAACUUCCUUCAACAACCUCAAAUUUGGAAAAUGAGAGCUUGCAGGCUAUUCGUGGAUGCAUGAGACGUCUGCGAGCAGAACAAAAAAUCCAUUCACUAGUGAUGAUGAAGAUAAUGCAUGACUGUAUUCAGCUCUGCAGUGACAAAUCAGGUGUAGUGGCAGAAUAUCCUGCAGAGAAACUGGCAUUCAGUGCAGUUUGUCCAGAUGACAGGAGGUUCUUUGGACUAGUUACAAUGCAGACAAAUGAUGAUGCAAGCUUGGCUCAGGAUGCUGAAGGGGCACUGAGGACAUCUUGCCAUGUUUUUAUGGUGGAUCCUGAAUUAUUUCAUCAUAAAAUUCACCAGGGCAUAGCAAGACGCUUUGGACUGGAAUGCACAGCAGAUCCAGACACAAAUGGCUGUCUGGAGUUUCCAACGUCAUCUCUACCUGUUCUUCAGUUUAUUUCUGUCCUGUACAGGGAUAUGGGGGAAUUGAUUGAGGGAAUGCGUGCAAGGGCUUUUCUUGAUGGUGAUGUGGAUGCUCAUCAGAAUAAUAGUACAAGCAGUAACAGUGAUAGUGGAAUUGGAAAUUUUAACCAAGAAGAAAAGAAUAAUAGAGUUCUGGUGGUUGAUUUAGGGACCAAUCCGAGUAAACACAUUCCUAACAGCAUAUGGGAAAAUCCAGUAGGAAGGGGACAAAAUCAGCCUGCUUCACAUUGGAAUGGCUUCUGUCAUGAGCAAGAAGGAAACAUUCCUUUGGAAGUAAUUCAGAAUGAUAAGUCCCAAAAUAUAAGCAAACACUUAAGUCCUUGUGCUCGUAUUGAAGUUCCACUGGUUUCCUCCCGAAAUUCCAUACCCCCGUCAAAGAAAAAUGCGGUAGGCGCAGGCAAUCAAAGGUGGUUGCCUGUGCAUGUUUUACAAGAAUGGCAGCAUGGAAAUGUGAGCGACCAGGAGUCUUACACCGAUUCUACGGAUGGCUGGUCAAGUGUUAACUGCGGAACUCUGCCCCCGCCGAUGAAUAAGAUUCCAGCUGACAGAUACAGAGUCGAUGGCAGCUUUGGUCAGCCGCAGUUGAAAUCUCAUAAAAAUGAGUGGUCUAAGAAGAUGUUUUGCAUGCAGAACAAGUUUGGCCCUCCGCACAGUAUUAGGAAGUCUAAAGAAGAUAAAAAGGGUGCAAAAUUUGGGCAUCCAAUGGGAUUAAGUCAGGCUCCUCCCCCGCGUUCAUCGGUUAGAAGAUCGUUUGGAAGAUCUAAGCGAUUUAGUAUUACUCGUUCUCUGGAUGAUCUGGAGUCAGCAACUGUUUCUGAUGGAGAGCUGAAUAGUACUGAUUUAAAAGACUGCAUCAGUGAAAACAGCCUCAGUAGCAAUGCCAGUCUUCCCAGUGUACAGAGCUGCCGACGACUUCGUGAAAGAAGAGUUGCAAGCUGGGCUGUUUCAUUUGAGCGUCUUCUUCAGGAUCCUAUUGGUGUUAAAUAUUUUUCGGACUUUCUACGGAAAGAAUUUAGUGAAGAAAAUAUUUUAUUUUGGCAGGCCUGUGAAUAUUUUAACCAUGUACCUGCACAUGAUAAAAAAGAGCUUUCUUACAGAGCUCGGGAGAUCUUCAGCAAGUUCUUGUGUAGCAAAGCUACAACCCCAGUUAAUAUUGACAGCCAGGCACAGCUGGCGGAUGAUAUUCUCAAUUCUCCACAUCCAGAUAUGUUCAAGGAACAGCAGCUUCAGAUAUUUAACUUGAUGAAGUUUGAUAGCUAUACUCGCUUUCUCAAAUCCCCCCUUUACCAAGAAUGCAUCUUAGCUGAAGUAGAAGGUCGUCCUCUUCCUGAUCCCCAGCGUGUUCCCAGCAGCCCCACUUCUAAACACAGUAUCAGUUCAGAGAAGUCCAAUAUCUCAACACCGAAAAAGUUAAGUGGUAAAUCAAAGUCAGGAAGAUCUUUAAAUGAAGAAUCAGGAGAGGAGGACACUGAGAAGAAAAAAAGGGGAACAUUUUUCUCGUGGUCAAGAAGUAAAAGUUUGGGAAAAUCACAGAAGAGAAAGGAAAAUGGUGAUUAUCCAAAUGAUUCUAUUCAGUCCAAUGGAUUAUCGUACCGACGGGAAUCACAAGGCUCCAUGUCAUCAACUGCUAGUCUUGACUUGUCGGAAACCUCAAGAUUACCUGCAUUUGUACCAGAUAAAGAGAAAUCUCCCAAAUACUGCUGUAUAAACCUUCCGGAUGGUUCAUCCAGCAAAAUGGCUGUUAAAUCCGGAUUCUCUAUCAAAGAGGUGCUAUCUGGGCUCUGCGAGAAACAUGGCAUUAACAUAGCUGCAGUGGACCUUUUUUUAGUUGGAGGUGAUAAGCCACUUGUGUUGCACCAAGACAGUAGCAUCUUGGAGUCUCGGGACCUACGUUUAGAAAAACGCACUUUAUUUCGACUGGAUCUUGUUCCAAUCAAUCGAUCAGUUGGUCUGAAGGCUAAACCCACCAAACCAGUGACAGAGGUCUUAAGGCCUGUGGUUGCAAAGUACGGUUUAAAUCUUAAUGAACUUGUGGCAAGAUUAAACGGUGAGCAGGAACCACUUGAUCUUGGUGUCCCUAUAUCUAACCUGGAUGGUCAGCGGGUUGUUCUAGAUGAAAAAGAGCCUACGAAGGGUAGAGCGUUCACAGAUAAACAAAAAGGUGCAUCAGUAAAACAGAGUGCAACUGUAACUACAUCAAGAAAUCAAGUAUCUACUGGAGAGGGAAGAACUCUAGGAAAGUCUAAUUCUAUCAAAAUGAAAGGCGAAAAUGGAAAAAAUGCUAGGGAAGUCCGGCUGUCAAAGAGAGAAGACUCUAUUGCAAAGAUUGGGAAAAAAAAAUGUCAGAAAAUAAAUUUGGAUGAAGCAGAGGAAUUUUUUGAACUCAUAUCCAAAGCUCAAAGUAACAGAGCAGAUGACCAACGUGGACUACUAAGGAAAGAAGACCUUAUUCUUCCUGACUUUCUUCGUUUGCCGCCCACUGGACCAGAACCAUCCUCAUCUACACCCGCAGGCCCUAAGGGCCUCACCAGGCGAGUUUCCAAAACCGAUGGCAAGGACGGAUGUACGUCACCGAGUGGAAAACAGGAGCCCGUACAAAACUUUAAUGAAAACUCAGUUAAGAAAAUGAGUUACUCAGAAAAUAAACAUAAAUCCGCUCUGACAGCACUCCACAGUCAGAAGACUUUCAGUGUUCCUUUUAAUACUGCGUUGUCUCCAAUUCCGCAUGCACAGGAGAACAACGCGACAAUAUGGAAAAGGCAGUCGAGAGAAUUACAAGCUGAAGGUAUACAGAUGGUAGAUGAUGAGAACGUGGCAGACUUGACUCUCGUGGCUGAAGGAGAUAUUAGUAGCCCUAACAGCACUUUGCUUCCACCGCCACCACCGACACCACCGUCAGACACCAGUAAACUCCCAGAAGCCAACUAUCCACCCCCAACUCCUUUGGCAGGUAAUCAGGAAAAAUCUGGAUAUCAAAGAUCCAAUUCAGGUGCAAACCACAGAAAGAAAAAAGAUUCACAAGAGACUUCAGGGAACUCUUGUAAGCAAACGUCUCACAAAGCAAAGGCCAGCAGAACCUUUAAUCCUCCUGGUGUGAGAGAGAACCCCGGUACGGAGCUCCCUGUGAACAGGAUCAUUGAUGUGGAUGGAGUCAAACUGGAGGACACCAGCACACGCUCCCGUGAUGAUUCUGAAGGGAACCUCAGCAUUGAAGUUUACAUCUCGGAACUGAGGUCUUGCCAGGGGAGGAUGAGGACUGGAGUUUACAGGACAUCAGACCUUCCCUCUCUGAUUACUGUAAAGAGUGAGAAGAAUAAGAGCACUGAGAAUCAGUAUAAAGCUACUUUUGUUUAAAUCUCUGGUUUUAAUUAAAAGUUCUGGUAUUUUUGCUUGACACCAGCAGCAAUGGAGAUAUCCCUUAGAGACAUGUUUCUGCAGGUUUUAAGUUGUUUUUAGUACCUGUUGCCUUCAACGAGCCUGCCAGGCUGUCUCUUAUGUGAGUUAGAACCCACAGAGUGAAAAAAAUAGUAUUUCAAUGAAAGUAUUGACCUAUUUUUUUUCGUUCUCUUACCCUUUCUGUAUCAUUUUCCCUGGGAUGAUUCCAUUGCACAGUGCAAUUAAAAUUAUUAUUUCCACGCCUACCCUUCUUGUCUUUAAUAAAGACAAACUCACUUUAAAUUUCCCUACCCAAACUUUUUAUUUUAAGAUAAUGUCACUUUAAUCUUCCAAUGUUUUUUCCUGGUGUGCAGGAUUCCCUGUGUGUCGGUAGACUUCUGAAGUGGAAGUAAAAUCAGUUACUGGUGUAAAAUGUUAGGAUUAUUUUCUUAAUAUUUUCUUAUCUGUCUCAUAACAUUUGGGAAGAGGUCCAAGUGGAAUUCAUUCUUGCCUAAUGCAUUGCCUGGAAGGAUAUAUGCAAUAAAACCAUUGUUAUACAGGCAGUAAGAAACAAAAAGCUGUGAAUUUCCUGGGCUGGGAAUAAUAGCUGCUCCUGUAGCCAACACUGGUGAUGUUUCCAUACCAGAAAUGUAUAUACUAAUUACUCAGUGGUGGGACGGUCACCCAGGUCACUCCUCAUCACUGCUCUCAGUGUCUUUUAGCUUUGGGGGAAGGGGAAUUUUGUUAUUGCUCUUUCAAUAAGUGGUUAAGUGCCCCUCAUUCUUCUUGUCAUUAAUUCUAGUUUCAGUUAAUCUUGUAGCCUUGGGCAGAGUUUUGAGAAAGAAAAGGUAGUUAAGACUACUGAACAUGCUGCUUUUGCCACCCGCUCCUUUUCCUCCUUUCCCAUUUCUUCAGAAGGGGUUAUGAAUCUGGACAAGCAAAAGGGUACACAAAGAAACGGGAGCAUUUGGACCUCUGCUCACCAACGUGGAACAAUAGUGAGUGUAUAUGUUGAGACCUUCUGGUGGUUCACUGCCUUGGAAUUAUCGUGGGACUUAAAUGUUGUGUUGCAUAGCUCCACUGCAGAUCUGCACAGGCAGUAAGUCUAAAACAGUACAGUAAUUAUUCAUUAAUUUCUUUUUCUUUGCUCCUAAAACCUACCAAAAAUGGUGAAUUUUCUGAAUAGAUGAGGAUACUGGAGGCAGUCACUCAGUUUCUUACACUCAAUUCUGUAAGACAGGAAAGAGGUAAAUAUGAUAUAAUGACAGUAAAGUAAGACUCUUAAAGCUUAAGAGUUCAACCUCAAAUACUCCAGUGAUAUAAAUGGACACAACACCCAUUAAUACUUUUUUACUGCUGAGUGAUUUUGAUCUUUAUAUUGAGGAAAACCUUUGUUGACAUUCGGCUCAACUGAAUGUAACUGAAUGAGGAUAUAUCCUAUGAAAUAGAUGCUCUUUUAAAAACAUAUGAAAGAUUAAAAUCAAUUUGAGAAUCAUGCUAAAAUCAUAGAUACUAGAGACUUGGGGAAACACAGUGGGCAGCAACUGAGAUGAGUGAACAGGUUGGAAACUGGUGUAACUGGGUACCACACUGCAAUGGACUGGGCUGUUAAAGUACAGCCGUAGUGGACUGUGUGCAGUCUGACUGUGCAAGUGCUCAGACUGUACCUGUGCCUGUGCUGAGGAUAAAGGGGGAGAGCUUUUAUGGUGAUCCAUAGGAUAUGUUAGUUUGUAUUGUACUAUAUAUCACCUGUGUAACAAAACAAUAAUAACCCAAUGAUGUGAAAAUAUUUAAGUAUCUAUGUAUUUUUAAAGUUUUUGUUUUGUUUUUUCUUUUUUUGCUAAUAAUUGCCUUGAGAGGAUAUUUCUUUGCACACAUAAAUGGCUACAAUUUUUUUCCGAUCUUCUGGAAAAUUAAUAGCUUUGUUCUAAUCAAGACCAAUAUUACACCAGCCAAACUCAAGAGGGCUUUUUGGCUUGUGAUAUGCUUUGUGCUUUUUGAGUGUCUUGGAAAAUCAAAUCCUCACUUCAUACAGGUAGAAGCUUGAAAUUCAAAUACAAUAAUUACACUCUUUGUUAGUCUCUGGUUGGUAUUUUAGAUGAAACAAGGUUGCUUAUCUUAUUGCGCAAGUGCACUUAAGUGACUUUUAGUGAGAAACACAGCUGGAAAAUGAGAGAGCUGAGGGGAGAUAUAAUAAAGCCUGACAAAUGGAAAGGGAUUGACUAUUCAAUUAGGGACCAUCAGAUGAAGCUCCUAGAAGCCAUGGUCAAAUCAAAGAGUUGGUUUUUCACCUUCUCCUGUUUUCUUUCCACAAGUGGCUGCGCUCAGAAAAGAAGCAAACAAAUAUGCUGGCUUUAAAUUCUGAGUGCAGCAAACUGGAUUUGACUGUAUCAAGGAUUCAAAGGGAAUUUGGCAGCACAGGAGAGUAAAGCUGUGCAGAGGAAAAAUGAAGGAUGUGAAAGAAUGGAGUUUUCUUUAAUAUAGGGAGAAAUCUUGGCACAGUGCCUGGAAAUCCUGCAAACAAGGGGACAUGGGAAGAAAUGUUCCUCCCUGUGCUGCACUGUUCAGCCAGUUAUUAGCAUAUUGUUUAGAACAAUGACUUCUUAGCUAGGCCUGGUGGAAAUCAAUUACUUAGACUUAGAAAUAAUUAAUAAUAUUAGCUGUCCUAAUCAAUAUUUGGUGAAAUAUAAAAGUGAACCCUGCUGGAAUCAGUUGCCACUGGUUAUGGAAUUAAUAAAAUUGAAUAUGGAGAGCCUGUCUUUGACGGAUGUUUUCCAAGAUUUUACUAAGGAUGUUGUCCAGUGUUAAUUACUGUGUGACAUCAACGUUAUAAUUUGAUUUUAAGUUGCCUCGUUAUACUGUGACUUCCACUACUAAUGAAAUCUAUUUGCAAUUAAAAAAACCCAGCCCAAUUGAAGUGCUGCAUCAUAGCUUAAUCCUUUAUCAUCUUGCCAGCUAGUUCCUAAAGAUAAUCAGAUUUUAUGUGGCUUUAUUUCUCUUUCACUUUUCCCCAUUUUCCCCUGUUGAAACUCCACUUGUACAGACAGUUACUUUUAUGUUUCCUUGAUCCUGCAGUGAUAAAUAAUAAGGGAAUCUGGUCUCCCUGUCCUCUUAUAUGAAAGAAGGAGAUCCACAGGCCUAUAUCAGUACUCGAACCUGAAACUGUAACAACCAGUGAUAUGAAAAAGCACCAACAUUUAGAAAUCAGUCAGCAUUUAAAAUGUUAUUUAAUACAGCAUUUCUCUUAUAUUUUACUUAUUGUUAUGGCAUCUGAUUUUCAAAUGGUAGUGGGUUUAGCCUCAUAAACUCCGCAAGUCUCUGUUUGUCUGUUUGGUUGUUUCCCCCCACCCCCCGGCCUCUUUUUCUUUAUGUGUCUGUGAAUAGAAAAUAUACAUAUAGGCAAACUUGCAAAGGGACUUCCCCCUUAGGACUACAAUAGCAGUGUGCCUUGUCAACAAAUUUGUCAUAUAGCACACAGGCAAAAUAAACCACACACAAUUUAGCUCUGGGGGACUGCAUGACAAACAACUGGUGUUUUUCGAAGGCACAUAAAUAGGCUUAGCAACAAGAGUUUGCAAGAGAUUUACUGCUCUGUGGGAAGGAGCCAAUACCUGACUCUACCAUGUCCUUUCUCGUGCCCCUGGAAGUCUUCUGGGGCUAUUUAAUGUCUUUCAAGGAUGCUGGGUCCUCUGUGCACUACUUCUUGGCCUCUUUUCUUGCCUUUGCUGUAGCGUGCAUUGCUUUAUUCCUCCUCCUCUUCUGAUGCUGCAAUUUACUCUUCUUAACAGAAAGCUGUUAAAAGAUGUGGCUCAGCUGGUAGCCUCCUUAUCUCGUUGUAGCAGGGACAAUCAGGACUUCCUGAUUUUCACCACAAAACAGAAAUCCUUGCUGGUAGUUGUUUCUCAGUAGUGGUGCUACUGCUCAUCCCAGACCACUCCAACACAGAACUGAUAGUGAAUAUUGUCAGUUAAAAUCAUCUCUCCUGAAGUACUCGGUAGCUGGGAGACAGGGCGAGUGUACAAUAGUGCACCACAGCGUCCGUGAUGCAAACACCCAGAGGCAUCUUUUCACAAUUUCUCAAAGAUUUUGGAAAGUUUCCAGAGGCUCAGUUAGACAAAGGCCAUGGCCCAACGGCAGGUCCUUACCAAGGGCUGUGAGAAGCCAAAACCGUUGCGGGGCCAAGGCACUCCUCCUAACUCUCAACCGCAGCUCAUUGUGUUGGGUUUAGAAACGACGGUGUUUUCUGCACCGACAGGCAGAUUUCCAAGCUUUGUGGGAUUUUAGCAAACCCGUGUGACAACAGUGUUGCUCUGCGGGUAGUGUGGGUGUUUACCCCGCAGCAAAAACAAGUGGCAUAUCCAAGUCCUCCUCUCUGCCUGUGCUCUUGGAACAGCAGCCCAAGCUCAGCAUCGUGGGGCACUGAACAACCAGGAGGUUUGUGAACCCGAAUCCGAUAGCAGUUGAAACACAAGGAAAGCUUUCAUUGAUACUACUGAAAUGUUUCCUUGCUGCGGAGCAACUGUCACUUUUAGCUGGGUUACUCUUGAUUUCUUUCAGGAAACCUUUAUCUUCUGAGUAGUACUGGAUGAUCAGGUGUCUACAAAUCUUGCCCACAUUACUCAAAAUGUUAGCAAAUCCAAAACGUUACACAUGAACCAACAUGUUCUCUGAAUUGUUUCUGUGGAAGAUGAGGAAAGAAAAUUGUUUAUAUUUUUUAAUCCCAAGUGAUCAUUCUGUUGUACAGUCUAAAAUGUUGUACAGAAUUUGAUUUAUAUUCCUGUUUUAUUUGUGUUUUUGUCUUCAAACUUACAUAUAAUGUCUUUCUAAUAUGAAAACGCACAUUAGAUUUAUUUCUCAUGCCUUAUCUCCCCAAAGCAUUGAGAAAUCCUGUACUGCACAAUAAUGUUUAUAGAAUUGUAAGUGUGUCAAACUCAUUUAAAAUGUUAAUUGUGUAUGUAGUAAGUAAAUAAUUUAUACCACUGGAA